UUGGGAUUUGAAUCUCCGGCGGGUUGCGGCCGCAAGGGUCGACCCCGCGGGCUGGCCAUGGAGAGCCCGGGGUCCAGUACACGGUGCCCGUUGCAAGAGCAGCGUGCUCGUUGGGAGCGCAAGCGCGCCUGCACCGCCCGUGAGCUUCUGGAGACCGAGCGACGCUACCAGGAACAGCUGGGGCUGGUGGCCACAUACUUCCUGGGGAUCCUAAGAGCCAAGGGGACCCUGCGACUCCCGGAGCGCCAGGCCCUGUUUGGGCCCUGGGAGCUCAUCUACGGUGCCAGCCAAGAUCUGCUUCCCUACCUGGAAGAAGGGCACUGGGGCCAGGGGCUGGAGGGCUUCUGCACCCACCUGGAGCUCUACACCCAAUUUGCUGCCAACGCAGAGAGGUCCCGGACCACCCUGGAGAAGCAGCUGAAGAGAAACAGACGUUUCCGAAGGUUCGUGUGGCUUCAGGAGGGUCGCCCGGAGUUUGGGGGCCUUCAGCUCCAAGACCUGCUCCCCCUGCCUUUGCAGCGGCUCCAGCAGUACGAAAAUCUUGUUGUCGCUUUGGCUGAAAACACAAGUCCCACCAGCGCUGACCACCAACAGCUCACACGGGCCGCUCGGCUGAUAAGUGACACUGCCCAGCGGGUGCACACCAUCGCUCAGAGGCAGCGGAACGACCAGCACCUGCGGCGUGUGCAGGCUCUGCUCAGUGGACGCCAGGCAAAGGGGCUCACCUCAGGGCGCUGGUUCCUCCGGCAGGGCUGGCUGCUGGUGGUGCCUCCCCGAGGGAAGCCUCGCGCCCGCAUGUUCUUCCUCUUCACUGAUGUCCUCCUGAUGGCCAAGCCGCGGCCCCCGCUGCACCUGCCACAGAGUGGCACCUUCGCCUGCCGGGCCCUCUACCCCAUGGCCCAGUGUCAACUCCACAGGGUCUUUGGCCACUCAGGAGGCCCUUGUGGUGGCGUGCUCAGUCUGUCCUUCCCCCAAGAGAAGCUACUGCUCAUGUCCACAGACCAGGAGGAGCUGUCACGCUGGUACCACAGUCUGACUUUGGCCAUUGGCAGCCAGAAGAACUGA